AUUUUCAUCAAAAAACAACUGAGAUUCUGAAAUGGUGGAACACUUAUUCAUUUUAUACGUUGUGUUCGUGGUGUUAUAAUGAAGUUUGCAAUCAUAUUUUAUACGGAAAUAUGUCAACAAUAAAGUGCCAUGUGAUAAUUACAAUGGUUUCCCAGUGCUGACCACAAUUUCAAUUUAUUGCCAAGGCCCCCGAAUGUAAUCGGAAUAAUAAUAAUAAUAAUGCAUAUAACUCUCUCGCACUUCGGCACUUUAUAUAAACGCACAAAACAUUAACACACCGAGCGCACAAUAUGCUCAGAAACAGGAUGAACGCAUAAAUUUAUAAUAAUGUCGCCACAAUAAACAAUUUCAAAUGGGAUGCGAGUGUAAAGAUAAAACAGUUAUAAAUAUGAGACUGUUAAGGCGAUAUUAUACCUGAUAUAGCUUGAAUUAUUAAAUGAAAUGAAGGAGCAUGAUUAUGCCCUUAGCAGCCUUUAUACAUUCUUGCUUAUAAACUGGCCACAAUGAAUUUCCCUCAGGGUAUUUUUUAGUUGAAUUGUCUAUGCAUAGAGUAUUCGAAUUUGUUUGUUAAUAAUGAUAAGAGUUGGUCGUCGUUUUAUUGCACUUGCGCUGAUAACAUUCAGUUCAGGGGAGCAUUAUUUGGAAUAGUAGAGAACUCCAGUUCGAAAGUGUAGCUCUCUGAAGACGCGUCGUAGAUUUGUGCUGAAAACGUGUCUAUUAAUUUUUAUUUUGUUUGCAGCAUUUAUAUGUGUUUAUUUAUUGUAGUAAAGUGAAUAAAGCGGUUAAUGAAUCAUCAUUAGGGUUGUCAAGUUGAAUGUGAUUGCUGAAGAAGGAAGAGCAAUGUUCUGGGAAUUCCGUAUAUGAGACAAAGCUUCCAAAAACAAUUUCAUAGCUGAAAUUAGAAAUUCAUCUGACAAAGGAAUAAUCAUGAUUCGUACGCAAACUUACCGUUUCCGGUGCAAUGCAGUUUUACUCAUUGCACUUCUACAACUGAGCCAGAAUUUAAUCGAGAUUGAUGCCAACAUGCAGUUUAAUCAGCAAUCCGUUGAGGAUGAAUACUUGGUGAAUGAGCCGCAGCAGGAGAAAAUCGAGCAAAUGGACAAUGAUGGAAAACUUACUGUGCGCUUGCCAUCGAAUUCAUUACUCAAGUACACCUCCUAUAAAGAUGUUUCUAUACUGCACUUUGAAGUUCCACCCGAUUCACGAGCUGCGUAUUUCAGCUUUAAAGCCUUCGAAGAAUCCAAAAGUACCUUUCAGAGCAAAUGCAAAGUCAAGGACGUAACUCUGCAUUUAAAGGCAAACAGUUUCCCUGUGAUAAACCCGGAGAAUAUUACUUUCCCCAAAAACUUUCUCAAUUCCGACCAAAGAUUUAAGAUAUACAAUUUACAGUUUCAAUCGAAUGAGCAACAACAGAGAAUUGAUAUACAAGGUCCGCAGACCGGCAGCUGGUUUGCAGUCGCCUUCAUCAGCUGGACGGAUCCCAACAACGAUCGCAUAGAGCAGCAAGGGCUUGCUGCAUCAUGCGACACCUUGUUGCUGGCCGAGUUGUCGGUGUCACGUUUCUAUCCGAUUAUCAUUAACGAUGGCCAAGUGGAUAACGGCAAUCUGACCAGUUUCCUGGUCCCAAGUCAGCAGCAGGAGUCAAACAAUGCGAACAGAAGCGGCAAAAGCCAUUACAUGACUGCAGUCAAUAUGAGCCCCGAUGAGGACCCCGGUCUUAGUUUUGAGGACAGUCUGCCACUGCAACAGCCCAUGCAACAAGAUGCAGAGCUGCAACAACUGUAUGCCGCAUCGUACGAAGAUGCCGGGGUUGUUCAGAAUUACACACACAGCCAUGCACACUCACAAAGGCACACACACUCGAGCAGCAGCCGAAUGGGGUCGAGGCCAGAAUCUGACAACCACAGAGAUAGAGACAGAGACAGGGACAACAAUGGCAACACCAAGUCCACCACAAACAAUGAAAUAAUUUACAAGUUCUAUGUGCCGGACGACAUUGGUGUGGCCACCGCACGCAUCUCGUUCGUCGAAGUAUGCAUGCAGUGUCCCGGCGUCAGCUUUCAGAUCCAGGCGAACGCAUUCCCGCCCAGCUUCAAUGGCGGACUUGGGCCCGGGCUCAAUGGUAACGAGCACAACUACAUUCAUCGCACGGUCAUCAGCCCAAAUCAGACGGAAGAGAUCUCAAUUGAAUUUUAUGUGCAGCCCAGCACCUGGCACUAUGCCAUUCUCAGGUUUGUUAGUGCCACUGAUGAGUUCUGGCCCAGCCUGGUACCUGCCUCGAUGUCUGGUCUGGGUCUUAAUAAAGUGACAGCUGGCGAUGCUGUCACUGCCUCCAAGCGUUACGAGGCACGACCACCACAACCUCAGCCGAAGUGGCGGCAACAGAACCGUACCGAAACCGAGGGCACCGAGGUGCACAGUGUAUCGUAUUUGCUGCAAAUCGAUUUCCAGCAAUUGGAGCCCCAAGUGGAUGCUUCAUCCAAGACGCAAUCGCAGCUGGUGAACUACAGCGAUGCCGAGAAUGCUUGGCGACCCAAUCGAUUUCGUGGCAUGGACUUCUAUUCGCUGCUACGGCAAAGCUAUCGGGAGUUCUUCAUGUUCGACUUUGAUUUGCAACCGGAUGCAAAUGGCACAGUUCCCGCACUGCUCAAUUUGACAGCCCAAUCGGCAGCUGGCUUUGCAUUCGAACUGGGCGAUGUGUAUGACAUUGGUGGCACACUUACCUUUGCCGUGUCCAUGAAGCACGAGCUGCGCUUCAGUAAUGACUUGAAAGCACCACCAUCAACGACUUUGCCACCAUCCGAGCGAGGCGGCAUUCUGGCUGAGAAGCUAGUCUCCGAUCUAGAUGAAUCGACGCUAAUUUUGACCCACGAUCAACUGCAUCGAGUUAAUCAAAGCAUGCAGAUAAUUGUCUGCAUGCAUCUUGGCGAGCCGGGUGUACCCACUUGGCCAGACAAGUGUCGCUAUGGCCAGAGACUGAUGCAUGCCUCCAGCAUAAUCAACAGCACUGAUCUAAUGGGUCUUAUACAUGUGCCUUUUCCUGAGAGCGGCCUCUGGUACGUGACGAUGGGCCUCUACUGCCAUGGGGCAGAAACAGCUCGCGUUACCAUCAUCGAUAGUGUCAAGGAAUUUGUACGUCAACACGCCAGCUUGCUCCGUGAUAUGCGUGCUCCCUGCUCCUGUGCUGGAAAUGCGAGAGCAUAUGAGAGAUGCGUCAGAUCGAGUGACUGUUUGGCCAGAAUGAAUGAAACGGAGACACUGAAGGUCAAGGAAUGCAUGAUGGACUCUAAGUGUACACCCGAUUUUGUGGAAAUGACAAGACUAUUCGAGAUACAUCAUAAGGCGGCGACGGAGCAGCACUUCGCACUGGACAACUGCAAUACUUCGGUGGUCUUUUCAAUCUCUUCGAGUCCAUGUGUCGCCGGUCGAUGUGGUCGCUUUGGGCGAUGCUAUCAUUACAUGUCCGGCGGAUUUGUGUUUUCAACAUGCGUGUGCAUGAAAGGCUAUCGUGGCUGGGAUUGCACUGAGGACUCCCAGGUGCCCUCCAGCAUAUCCAUCCUAGUGGCACUGCUGCUGCUCACGCUGAGCAAUCUGCUCUUCAUUCCCAGCAUCUACAUGGCAUUCAGACGUCGCUACUACACCGAAGGCAUCAUCUACUUUUUUGCUAUGUUCUUCUCCAUCUUCUAUCAUGCCUGUGACUCGGGCGAAGAUGAGUAUAGCUUCUGUUUGGUCAAGAUCGGUGUGUUGCAGUUCUGUGAUUUCUACUGCGGCCUCUUGGCCAUUUGGGUCACACUCAUUGCCAUGGCUCAUCUGCCACAACACUUUGUUUCUCUGCUGCACAUGUUCGGUGCCAUUCUGCUGGCCUUUGGCACGGAACUCAACAAACAGAGCCUUUGGGUGUUCCUGGCUCCAGCUUUAACUGGCAUCUGCCUCAUAUCGACCAGCUGGGGAUUACGUUGUGUCAAGACUCGCAAGUGGUUCCCGGCACGUCGUUACCUGAUCAUCUUCAUGCCAUUUGGCAUGGUGCUGGUAAUGGUCGGCCUGGUUUGCUAUGCCUUUCUGCAGACUAAGCAGAAUUAUCACAUUGUCCAUUCCAUCUGGCACAUGGUCAUGGCCCUGAGCAUCAUGUGCCUGCUGCCCUCUCGCAAGUCCUUUAUGCCGAAGUGCUAGCAUACGGAUUCCUCGAAAGAACUUAUGCCCACACAUCAGGAGGAGCUUUACAUGUGAACCCCACUCAUUCUCAUUAAAGGUCGAUACAGGACUCGAGCAAAGCCACAUGCUCAUUUGUAGGUCGAUAAUCAUGAUAGCUAUACAAUCGCAAUAAACUACAAGUAAAUUCACAUCAAAUUAUUACAGCUUAAUCAUAAGAUAUAGAAUAAUUUGCACAACAUGCCCUGUACCCUUUAAUGAACAUAGAAAUCAUGUAUAUAUAAUCCUAUCAUUCCAUUCUCGAGAGCAAUUCGAUCCGGAAUAUAAUUUUCAAACCUAACGUAUAGUCUAGAGGCUAGGCAAGAAACUGAAUUAUGAGUUAAGGGGCAAAUACGUUGAAUGUGUUCAUGUAUUUAAAUAUACUUAUAUAUAAUCGUACAUAUAGGUAUACACAUUAUAUAAAUGGGGGUGAGAUACAGGGUAUCCGUCAAUAUGGAAUACUCUCGACUACAGUCGGACAUUUGGAUUUGAGUUCGAAUAUAUUGUAAUACUAGAAACUAAGAACUAAACUAAAUUAAAAUUAAGAAAUUGUAAGAAACUGUUGAUAUUUUAGAUAUGAAUGUAUAAACCUAUUGACGAAGCCUUACUAAUCUUAAUGAAUAUCACUUCUUGAAAUAUAUUCAGAUUACAAACUACAUACAUACAUACCGUUAUGAAAACAUACUACUGCGCAGACUGCACAUUACUGUAGAACUGUAACCUAACUGUAAACUAGUUAACAGGGCCUGCUUUCUAAUUAGUCUUAUAAGCAGAUACAUAUAUGUAACCUAUGUAAACAUGAUCACGAAUUUUAGCGCAAACAAUAAUAUGUCAAGUAAUACAUAGGUUUGUGUAUAUACAUAUGUAUACAUAUUAUGUAUACUUCUGCAUGAGUCUAUUAAUUCAAUUUAUCAAUGGACAUAUUAGUGAGCACACUCAAUUAUUUACUCAGAAAUACAAUUAGAAUCCAUGAGAAAUCGUCGGUUUACUAUCUAUUCUAUAUGACACAUUACGUUCCUUUAAUUCCUUUCAUCACAAUUGUUAUUUACUAAAACACAUUGUCGAAAGGAACAGAAUAUGUAUAUUUUCUAUAGUAUCUCCAACGAAAUAUGUAUGAUUUAUAUUUGUGUUUAAUGGAAAAAUUGCAUUAAAAAUAUGUGAACAUAAAAUC